AUGGAAAGUGGAGCAAUUAAGGAUGCACAGAUAAGUGCCUCUACACAGUGGAAUAAUAACUAUGGUACAUCAAGGGCCAGGCUGAAUUUGAAGUUGACUAGAGUAAAAGGAGGAGCCUGGGUAACUCGUGUACUGGAUCUCAAACAGUGGCUUCAAGUCGAUCUUGGCAGCUACACCAUUGUGACCGGUGUCGCGACUCAGGGGAGGAAUGCACCCCGAUUAUGGCAGUGGGUGACCAAGUACAGGUUGCAAUAUAGUACUGAUGGAGUGAACUUUCAUUUUUAUAUAGAAAAAGGCGACAACUCAUUGAAGGUAUUUUCGUCUUUCUUCUUGUCUUUUAAUGUUUGGUAACAGACAUGAGUGAUAAAGAGUGCGAAGGCCAACCACGGUAAUGAUGUUAUAGAACUUCCACCGGCGCCAAACAAAAUUUACUAAUAACAAAUUCUAAAUGCAAUGUGUUUUCCAGAAGAGAAAAAAAAUAUGCUGUACGGAAACAUCCGCAAAGGGGAAAAGCUGAGCAAAGAAUCAAAAGCUAGCUUUAGAAAUCGUGGUGAACUAUGGAAGUAAGAUUGAACAUUUGACGAUACAACUAAAUUAAAGGUGUCCAAGGCGAGGGGAUUUGAUAAGAAAAAUUCCGGCGGGAUAUGCUUUGAGGCUUUCCAUCAAAAUAAAAUUUCCUCCCUAGCCAUCUUCGAUUAAAAAAAAAUCCGGAAAAUUAAUUCUCCAUAGUAAAUCUAUUCAGAUUCGUAACAAGUUAAACUUCAUUCAUCCUCUGAAGAAUCAAUCCGGUUAUAGAAGACUUCUCCUCGGCUCUUUAGUGAGUUUCAGAAGUCAGCAAAAAUCUACUUGUCACAUUUUCUCCAAAGAUUAAGAGAUGAUGAUAUUCUUUUCAGGUGUUUGGUGGUAAUCAAGACCGAGACAGCAUUGUGUACCACAAAUUGGCAAGGCAAAUUAUGGCACGUUACAUCCGAUUCAUUCCGGUGGAAUGGCGAAGUCACAUCUGUAUGAGAGUGGAAAUCUAUGGCUGCGCAGGUACAUCGCGGUGUAUCUCAUUGUUACUGUUGCAGUAAUUGUAUUAAUUUGUACCUAUUUCAUAUAUAUUAGCUGUGAACUUAAUCUCUCAAAGUGUCAUUCGCAUUAGCUUAUAUAAAAUACUUCAUUACAUAAACACAAUAAUGUAACAUUUGAGGUUGAGGCAUUCUGCAUAAAAUAUAAUGGCUAGAGGAUGAGUCCUAAUCACAUAUUACAUGUAGUUGAGAAUUAGAACUAAUAUAUAAAUUAGCCCAUGCAUUAAGGGCAACUCCUGCAGACCACAUGUACAUCUCUGACUACGUCUGUCAAUUUCCUAUCAAAGCAGGUUUCAAUUGAUUAUUAAUAGUGAUCCUAAAUUGCCUGUGCAGCAAAUCGAAGAUUGGUUGGCUCGUUCCAGCAAAUAGAUAAAGCACCCCAUUCGCUUUUUCUUCUUCCUCUCACUCUUUCUCUUUUUCCUCUUCAUUUUAUUUCUUCUUCUUUUUCCUUAAUUUUUGCCCUUUUUUGCAAACAACCCAGGAUGCUUUGAACCGCUUGGUAUGGAGGAUGGAACGAUCACUGAUGUCCAGGUCACUUCUUCUUCGCGACUGGAUGACAACCAUUCACCAAGUCAGGCCAGGUUGAAUUUUAAAGAAGAAGAAAAUAAGGCUGGGGGAUGGUCAGCUCAGACAAACGACGAAAACCAAUGGCUGCAGGUCGAUCUUGGAAGUUAUACUAGAGUGACGCGUGUGGCGACUCAAGGGCUGAAUGCCAAAGACGAAUGGGUGACCAAAUACAAGUUACAAUUUAGUGACGAUGGAAAAAACUUCCAGAAUUACAAGCAACAGGGUGACAACGAAUGGACGGUAUGUCUUAGUUAGGUGUCACAUGCGUGUGGUGGACAAGAGCAAUAUCCAAAGGCGAGAUAGGGGACAACUCUUUCAAUCCAUACUGUUUUCAUCAAAUUCAAUAAUUUUGAAACAUGAGUAUAUUUUUUACUUUCUUGAAAUUUUACUUUGACACAUAGUUUGACAAAUGAAAGGUAAGAGCUUUUUAAGGGCAGUGUUUGUCACUUUUGAGGGCCCUUCCAAAAAUAAACUUAAUCCAUGCCGCUUACAAUUUACAGGAGCUGAAUGGGAAUAAAGGAAGUGAUACCAUUGUAUAUAACAAUCUGAAUCCUCCAACCACAGCAAGGUUUAUACGGUUUAUACCAAUCAGUUGGCACAAUAAGAUCUCCAUGAGAACAGAGUUCUUUGGUUGUCCAGGUAUGGCGAUUAUUGAUCUAGAAUUUAGAAUCCGCUGGCCAAAGAAGUCAGAAAACAAUUAACUAGAUUGACUGACAAGCGUAAUAGGACUUUAAAAAUCUGCUGUCAAAUUUUGAAGACAGUCUUUCAGCCACAGGCAUAUGCCAGCAAGUGAGAGGAGUCUUAGCGUCGCAACAUCAUUUCUCGUUCAUCAUAGAUUAGAGAAUUUUGAGAAAAUAGUGGGUGCAGUGAGAUGAAUACGUGGGAUGUAAUUUUGGUAUUCUAUUGAACUAAUGUUGACUGAAAUCAACCAAUCCUUUCGCUGACUACAAUAAUUUAUCAGAGGCAAUUAUUGAAAGAAAAAUUCAAUAAAAGUGUCGUGUAAAGUUUGGAUACUAUCUGCAUCUGACUCUUUACAACAAAUGCAGCAUGUAUGACUGCCCUUGGAAUGGAAAGUCAGACAAUAGAAGAUGCUCAGAUUAGUGCUUCCUCGCACCUGGAUGGAAACCAUUCUGCAAUACAAGGUAGACUACACCUUACGAGAAAUGGUCAAAAGCAAGGUGGCUGGACGGCUCUCACAGAUGAUCGUAAUCAGUGGCUACAAGUGGAUCUUAAUACUUUUGCGAGGGUUACGGUAAUAGCGACCCAGGGAAGAAACGGAUUCAAAGAAUGGGUCACCAAAUACAAAUUGCAAUAUAGCGAUGAUGGUGUGACCUUCACUUUCUACAAGGAAUCUGACAGCAGCUCAGAAAAGGUGUGUAAAAAUUUCACAGGUAAAACCUCACUUGAGAGGCCUACCCCAUAGGCUAUUUUUCACAACGAAAUAAAUCAUUAUAGAGCAAACUAUUUAAAAUAGAUUACUACCAUGGACCUCACUUUAGUUUAUGAACGUAUUAGGGAUCUCUUCCCUUACCUAAUACACUCUGCACUACAGAUGUGAAUGAAAUAUCAACUAUGACGGAUCUUGAAAGGAGAAACAGAUGGGAGUGUCCUCAAACAAUGUUUAAAUCCUGGAAUAUUUCUUUAAAAUCUACUUUUAUUAUACUUAGGUGUUUGAUGGAAACCGAGAUUCAGAUACUGUCGUAUACAACAAACUAACUUCGCCAAUAACAGCUCGGUACAUACGGCUGAUACCGAUGACGUGGAAUAACCACAUCUCGAUGAGGAUGGAGUUAUACGGCUGUCCAGGUAUUUCGCAGUCUUUAAACUAGUGACUAUGCCAAUAUUCUCGAACGUAAUUGGUUAUCAACAGACUGAUAAAAGCGCUAAGAAAGCAGUUUAGAUGUAAUGACUGUAACUGGACGGUGUAAAAGCCUUUUUCGGUGUCCAAAUGUGUAACUUGACAGUAAACGUCAUUCAGGUGUGCUACUGAAUCGACGCUUGGGCCCCUUUCUCAUGAAAAAAUUUAUUGUUGUUUUUUUCUCAUAAAUACGUUAACCGACGAUCAUUUAGUUCCUCAAAUGUUGCAACAAUUUUGAUGAAUGGGUUACAGACGUUUCUGUCUACAAUCAAACUCCUGAUUCAGGGCUUGUAUUAUCACACAACGAAUUGAACCCAGCCCCAGUCAAUCCUCUCACCUUUUUCCAAAGACAAUCUCCAAAAAAUAUCGUUUUCGUUUUCAAUCUAGGCUGUAUGUCCCCGUAUGGCAUGGAAAAUCGCAAAAUUUCGGAUUCUCAAAUCAAGUCGUCAACGCAGCUGGAUGAAAAUCACUCUGCAAAGCAUUCCAGGUUACAUUCAAAGGCAAAUAGAGAAAACGGAGGAAGCUGGUCAGCGCUUAAAAAUGACGUAAACCAAUGGCUUCAGGUGGAUCUUGGUAGCCACAUAAGGGUGACGGGCAUUGCUACGCAGGGAGGGAAUGGGCGUGACGAGUGGGUGACCAAGUUCAGACUACAAUACGGUGAAAAUGAGGACAUCUUUCAUUUCUUUGAGGAUCCAGGACAUUUUGCUGCGCAGGUUUGUAACGUGAUGCAGCUUUCCCAGAUUUCGGUGAUAGGUUAAAGAAUGUCAACACUAAUGUAAUAGGCAAUAAAAAGUAAAAAAUAAAAUUUCGUUCCAUCCCAAUAGGCAAAGCCUGUCCAGUCUAUUUCAAUAUUCCCUCGUCAACUUUGAAGGAAUCCAGCGACAACAGAUAAAAUUUGCGGUAGUAUUGCUGCCAAAUUUUGUUUCCUUUUAACUUGCACGUGUUGAGAAUAUAACUCUCAGAUCAAAUAUAUUUGACGAAAUGUUACCACACAAAACUUCAAGAGCUCAUCCUUCCCGCGUUCAGUUCAGGGAAGAUGUGACUGGCUAAAACAUUUGUAGUCAUUGAGAUCGACGUUCAUCCAACUGAUGGUAGACAACUCUAAUCAGAAUGUUGCUAAAUUGAAACGAACUGUAAGAAACUAGAACAGUGGCAUUUUUUACUUAGGCAUUAAGAAAAAUCAAUUCCAAAAAAACUUUGAAUAAUCAUCUAAGGUAUUUUGCGUUUCUCUAUAAAGGUUUUCGAUGGAAAUACAGACAGUGACACUGUCGUGUACAACACGCUGACUCCACCAGUUAUAACGCGUUACAUUCGAUUCAAACCCGCUGGGUGGCACUAUCGAAUAUCAAUGAGGAUCGAGAUCUAUGGCUGUCCAGGUAUCUAGAAUAAUCUUAUUUACUUGAAGGAGACUUAUUAAAUAUUAAAGUUUGACUUUCUUUUGAGCUGCUGUACAGAUAACAAAUUCCAUCUCUUUUCCCCGAUGUUAAUAAUUUUUGUAAAGGCUAUCUGUGGUACGCUGCAAGUUGUGAAUGACAAUAUCUUUAACUAUGAUUCUUAGCACAGGACUAGGUAGCCAUUAUCAAUCAAACAAUGGCAUCCGUGAAAAACUGUCACCUUUCUUUUUUUGUCAAACUAAGGUUGCGUAAAUCCUCUUGGAAUGGCAUUUGGAUCCAUAUCUGAUACUCAGAUAACAGCAUCAUCACAACUGGAUGACAAUCACUCCGCAUCACAGGCCAGGUUACAUUUCCAAGCGGAUGGUGACAAAGUUGGGGGUUGGUCAGCUCUCACAAAUGAUCUCAACCAAUGGCUUCAAGUGGAUUUUGGUAGUUACACAAAAGUGACGCGCUUGGCGACUCAGGGGAUGAAUGGCUACGAUCAGUGGGUGACUAGAUAUAUGUUACAAUAUAGUGAUGAUGGAAUAACAUUCCACCUCUACAGGGAAGCUAGAUCCAGUCCUGCAAAGGUACCAGAUAUCCUAAACUUUCAUUUUCUCUGCUAAGUUGCAGACUUUUGUCAACAGAUAUCGUGCAUAUAGCGUUCGCUGCUGCUUCAUGAAAGAGUGUAAAGCUGACAAAAAGAAGAAAAUGAAACCUGGUCGAGAAAUGAAGUUCAUCCAUCCAUCCAUUCCUCUUUCCCUCCCUCUCUUCUUCCCUCCAUCUGUUCAUAAAUGCCUCCAUUCACAAAUCCGUCCAAAAAUCCAUCCAUUCAUCCUUUUACUCAUUCACCCAUUUAUCCAUGCAGUCGCUCAAUCCAUCUAUCCUUCCAUUCACUGAUUCUUCCAUCCACUGAUUUAUUCAUCCACUAAGCUUUUUGUUCCUAACCUGGUUAUUGCGUCUCAUUCAAUUAUGGAACCAUACUAUGAUAAUUGUGGCAUUGUAUGGGACAACGAAAAACUUUAUGUAUGACCCCAGCUUAGUUAGAAGAUAUCUUUUCGAGUAGUAUUUGGGAAAUCAGUGUAUAAUCCAAGAACCUUCGGUAGAAAUCUCGCUUAACCGGUUGCUAAAACAGACUACUAGUGGAACAGUUCUGCUUACACUGGGACAAAAGUUUGGAAUACGUCAUCAAACGAAGUGAAAUAUGAAAAAUACAUUUAAGCUUUUAAGAAAAAAUUAGAUUCUCUCAAUCUCUCUAUUUAUUUUUAGUGAAACACUUCAUUUGUAAGAUGGUUUCUUAACUCUUUCUAAAGUAAAUUAAAACCAUCAUUUACAUUAACCAAAAUAAAUUUCUUAAUGGUUUAAAAGCUUAGUCGUAAUUUUGUAGUCCAUGGCUUUUGGGAAGAACAAAAGUGCAGCACAUUGUAAACUUUGAUCAAAAAUUACCGGGUUAUAUAAUGUUUUCUACUUAUCUAUCUAUCUAAUCCUCCAACCAUUAAUCCAUUCCAUACUUUCGCUCAAUCCAUCCAUCUCUCCAUCUUCCCAUUAAUUCCUUUAUCCAUCCAUCCAUUCAUCCAUCCAUCCAUCCUUACCAUCCAUUCGCUCAAUCCACCGAUCCACCGUCCAUCUUUCGUCCAUCUCACCAUUCACCCAUCAGAACUCAUACAUUUAUCUACUCAUCACUCAGUUAAUCAAUAAGACCUCAAGUCUGCAUAAAAUCUGUUGGUUGAACAAACCUAAGUAGUGAUGUGAAAUUUACCAAAAUUCUUUAUUCCUUUGUCUAUUGUUUAGGUGUUCAAUGGCAAUCAAGACCAAAAUACUGUUGUUUAUAACAUAUUGAGUCCACCAAUAACCACUCGUUACAUCCGAUUGAAACCGCUUGCCUGGAACGACCGGAUAUCGAUGAGAAUGGAGAUUUAUGGAUGCCCAGGUACACCUCUUUCUGGCAAUAGCCCGACACAGUUGACGCGGUAGAUACGAUUUAAUAAAACCUUAAAAGCAAAUGAAACUUUAAAUAUCAAUCAUGGACUUUCAAUAUAACUCUUUGAUAAUUAAAAAAAACAUCGUGGGGGCCGGAUGAGAAACGUUCCGAUUUAUUAAUUUUUGAAAAUUUAAGUUUAGAGAACAAACGUAUCAUGCUCCGCUGAAACGAAGACUUUAACUGUUCGUAAAAAGAUACACCUUUCACCUUAAUGUCCUGUUUCAAUACAAACAGGUUGUGCAGCGCCACUUGGCAUGGAUAGCAGGGCAAUCACCGAUGCACAGAUAGCUGCUUCUUCACAGUAUAAUGGCAAUACUAGGGCCAGGCAAGGAAGGUUACAUUAUAAGGAACUUGGUCGAACCUCCGGAAGUUGGUCAUCACGUGCAAAUGACUUAAACCAGUGGUUUCAGGUGGAUCUUGGUCAAUACACUACAGUGACUGGUAUAGCGACCCAAGGCAGACAACGCUAUGACCAAUAUGUGACAGCAUAUAAGUUGCAGUAUAGUGACGAUGGAGUAACUUUUCAGUUUUAUAAGGCUUCGCCCCUCGAAGCUGAAAAGGUAUACCUAGCUAGUUCCAUUGUUUCUAUUUUUAAGACAUUAAUAGGGAUCUGGAGCGAACAUAAAAUCUAAAAUUUAUAAGAGACAAUAAGACAAAGUAACCCAAAUGGGAAAGCAAUAUUCCGUCUUACCAACAGCUUUAUUGUUUGGGAGUGUAUGAAACCUUUAUCGAUGUUCUGAUCAAAAGCUCACUUUCCACUUGUCUUCAUAAUUUUACAUAGGUCUUUCGUGGAAAUAGUGACAGAGAGACCGUCGUUUAUCACGAAAUACGCAAACCAAUCAGAGCACGCUUCAUACGAAUUAGACCGGUGAGAUGGCACAACCACAUAUCCAUGAGGCUUGAGAUCUAUGGCUGUCCAGGUAAUUUCCAUUUCUCCUCAUAUUUUUCAUUGUUUUUAAUCUUUAUUACCUUUAUUCUUAUCACUGUCAUAUUUUAUUACCAUUAACACUUAAUGUUUAAGUUAUUAUCAUCACUCUGAUCACCAUUAUUAACUCUACCGCUAUAGUUAUUAAAAUCAUCAUUAUCAUGAUUAUUAUUAUCAGGUAAUGUAUUUGUCUUACACCUAUCUGUGCAAGCAAAAAAUACAUCUGCAACUGCAAAUCACGAAAGCGGUAUUAAUUACCUGCUUAAAGAUGGAAAACCAGCCCCUAGCGUGGAAAAAUUCGUCGGAAAAUUCGUCGGAAAAUUCGUGACCUGCAAUUAUCUUAACGUUGAUUGGCAUAAUUUAACCAUCUAGCUUUUCAAAGUUUGUUGAGGUGAUUAAGUUUCCUUUCACAACUCACGUUGUUUCUUAACUAACUAUUUAACUUGGAAGUCCUCGCUGUGCGAAAGUUUCCUUAGAAAAUUAAUUAACUCCUAAAGGUAUGGCCUCAGCUUUAAAUUUGAAGGGCUAUGUGGGAGGUAUAGCAUAAAUAAAUAAGUUAAAAGCGAUUCCAAAUGUCAACACUUAAUUCUACGGAUUAAAAGAUACUAAAAACUUUCAACAUUUCUGUAACUACAUCUGCGCGUUUCUUUCGACUUACCCAGGCUGUGUAUCCCCCCUCGGCAUGGAAAGUAAAUCAAUCUCUGAUGCGCAAAUAUAUGCCUCCUCACAACUGAAUGAUGAUCGGGCUCCAUCGCAGGCCAGGUUGCACAUUCAAGCAGCCACUGAUGGCAAAAAUAGGGGGUGGUCUGCUCGUAAGAACGAUCUUUAUCAAUGGUUACAGGUGGACCUUGGAAGUGAAGCAAUUGUGACGCAUGUAGCAACACAGGGGAUAGAUGGACUCGACGAGUGGGUGACAAAAUACAGAAUACAAUUUAGCUAUUCUGGGAUAAAUUUCCGAUUUUACAAGAAAGCAGAACACAGUUCUGCACAGGUAUGCCCUCAGCGCUGUAUUCUAACGAUGAAGUCAGGAUAACCUGACAGUAAUUAAUGUUUAUCGUACACCGUGAUGGUAUGAUCAAUAUGAUACCUAUGGAUGUAAAUGAAAAAACGUUCAGCCCAGUUUUGGCAAUUGUGUGCUGUAAAUGACUGGUUGGGGGAGGGCAAGUGGCUUUAUAGGUGGUUGGGCGGAUAAGUAAGUUUUUGGGCAAUUGUGAGAGAACGAAGCAAACUGAAUGUUAAUUACGUUGUUUAUUAAAACUUGCUUUUGAAGGUUUUCGAUGGAAAUGAAGAUAGUUCCACAGUUGUAAUCAAAAGACUUAGCGAGCCGAUCAGAGCACGUUUCGUCCGAUUAUUGCCGCUAGAGUGGCAUAAACACAUAUCAGUGAGAAUUGAGAUUUACGGAUGCCCAGGUAGAUUCAAUCAUUUCGAACGAUUUCUGUCUUUCAUAGUUGAAAAGUAUCUUCUUCAAUGACAUGACUACGGACAUUUUGAAAAACGGGUUUACAAAAAUCUUAGAAGUGGCUCGUGGUAAGGGUAUUCAUCUUAGUUCAGCUACUCAAUAAAAAAGAUGCAGGUUUAGAUGAACCAAGUCAAUCGCAUGAUCGUUUCCAUCCACGAGCUAGUUUUUGUUUUUACCUGAUUAUGAAAACGGCCAGAGUAAUAUGUGUCUUCUAGGUUGAAAAAAAAUUAAAUUCGACCAGUGUCAGUGUUUUUUAUCGGUAGCUAUUUAAAUUAGAUCUGACCAUUCCCUCAACGGAAAGUACAUUUUCUUUCUGGUUCUUGAUUUGCAUCUUGUAGACUGCAUCACACCUCUUGGCAUGGAAAGCGGAAAUGUCGCUGACUCAAAGAUAACUACAUCCUCUAUUUUGGAUGACAAAAGCCUUGCAAGUCAGGCCAGGUUGAAUUAUAAAGCGGACGGUGGCUUUGGGGGAGGUUGGUCAUCUCUCGCAAAUGAUGCUAACCAAUGGCUUCAAGUAGAUCUUGGUACUUACACGCGUGUGACACGUUUGGCCACUCAAGGAAGGAAUGGGCACGAUCAGUGGGUGACCAAGUAUAGGGUGGAGUACGGUGAGGAUGGCCAGAGCUUCCAGGUGUACAAACCAUCAAAUGCCAGCGUAGCGAGGGUAUGUUAAAUCAUUUUAAGACUGAUCGUCUGCAACGUUAAAAAAGGUGGUCUUCCUGAUGAAGUUAGUGGCUAAGCCUUGAAAAACAUGCACCUUAGGGAAACGAAUAUUGUGAUUGUUUUCCUUUCUGUGACAAAAAUGGAUGAGAUAAACUCAGCUCCACAAUCAGACUGAUUAUAAUUCAUAUCAAGAACACUCUUUUUUUGUGACAAAUUUGUCAUCUAGCUUAAACAUGGAAUAGAAAUUUUUCGCAUGCAAGAUAACAACAGUUUUCCUUGUAAUUGUCUUAAAGGUUUUCACUGGAAAUCAAAACAGCGAGGCAGUGGUUCACAGCAUUUUGAGCCCACCAAUCACAACAAGGUUUAUACGGCUUAUACCGGUGGAGUGGCACAAUCAUAUCUCAAUGAGGAUAGAGAUCUAUGGCUGUCCAGGUGCUUUAAAGAAACAAUUAGAACUAAUCAUUUUAUAAAUAGGUUAUUUGACAAAAAAACGCAAUUAAUUUUACAGAAUGGUCCCUUACGUGAUGAAAUGAAGCAAUCCAAGCAGUUAAACCAACUAAGCAGAAUCUUAUUGUUGGAAGGUUACUCGAAUGUGUUGCUAUAUGAAAACGAUCCAAAAUAUUAACCUUUAAAACAAUAUAUAUUUUUUCAAACACAGGAUGUGCUGCAGCACUUGGUGUGGAGAAUAAAGAAAUAUCUGAUGCCAACCUAAGGGUAUCCUCCCAAAUGGAUGAGGAUCAUGGCGCAAAGGAGGCAAGGUUAAAUUCGAAAGCAGACGGGAACAAGGGAGGGGGAUGGUCAGCCAUGAGCAAUACCUUCAAUCAGUGGCUUCAAGUGGAUAUCGGUGAUAACUCUCGAGUUACAGGUGUUGCGACUCAGGGGAUGAAUGGGAACAACCAGUGGGUGUCCAAAUACCGCAUACAGUAUAGCAGUGACGGAGUGACUUUUGAAUUUUAUAAUGCAACGGAAGAAAGUUCAGCAAAGGUAUGAUUACUGCUGAAGAGAGCAGAGAGGUUAGCUGCCUGACCCAUUUUGACUUAAGUGCUUAUUUUAUGUACAGCAGUUAACUGUAGGCCAUACAAUGCUAUACCAAAACGUAAGAUUUCUUCUAUGAGCCUUAUGUACCAGAACGUUACCCAGGAAACUGACCAUUUUUGGCUUCCGUUUUAAGUCUUUACUGUCUCAACAUCAGGUAUUUUAUGGAAAUCAGGACAGUGACACAGUUGUAAAAAAUGUGCUCAUUCCACCAAUAACAGCACGUUACAUUCGCCUGAUGCCUGUUGAGUGGCACAAUCAUAUAUCGAUGAGGGUGGAAAUCUACGGCUGCUCAGGUAUAGUAACCGCUUCUGCCCAUGGAGACACAUUGGGUGCGAUACCUGAUAGAGUGUGCUAUAGCUAA